UAGGGGGAGGGCGGGCACCUGGGCUCGGCGCCUCAGGGCCUCCCCAGGGAGGAGGAGGAGUCUUCAGCCCCUCCCCCCUCCCAGUUCCCGAGCCCCGGGGCCGCGGGUUCGGAGCCCGGGUUCCACCAGCCGGGCGCAGGCGAGAUAGAUGCGCUCCGAGGGGAGGGAGACGAGGAGGGACACGCAUCCCUCCGCCCUCACCCUAGUCCCUCACCCACUCCCGGUCCCUCCCCGCGCUAACUCUCCGAGCGCCCUCGCCGGCCGCGGGCGGAGCUCGAUUCGCGGCGCUGGAGGAUCCCGGCUCCCGCCCCUUCCCGGUCUGUCUCUCCCUCGCUCCCUCCCUCCGCGGAGGCCCCCAACGGCAGCCACCGCCGCGGUGUAGCCCCGUGUGGCGCUAGCAGCUGUCAAGGGGCCAAGGGAUGAGCUGGGGUCUUCCUCUUCAAUGGCAUCUCCCCCUGGUCUGGAACUGAAGACACUGAGCAAUGGUCCUCAGGUCCCAAGGAGACCGGCCCCACUGGGCCCAGUGGCCCCACCGAGGGCUGGGGUGGAGAAUGCCUGUUUCACCUCAGAGGAGCAUGAGACUAAUUUCCAGAACCCUGGGGAUGCCAGACUGGGCAGCUCCCCCAGUCCCCUGGGGAGUGUUUCCUCACUGCCCCGGUCCCAGCGGGACGAUCUGUCCCUAUAUUCAGAGGAAGGGCCAGGUUUGGAGCCCGUGAGCCGCCCUGUGGAUUAUGGCUUCGUUUCUGCUCUGGUUUUCCUGGUGAGUGGGAUCCUCCUGGUGGUAACAGCAUAUGCCAUCCCCCGUGAGGCCCGCGUAAACCCGGACACAGUGACUGCAAGGGAGAUGGAGCGACUAGAGAUGUACUAUGCCCGCCUGGGCUCCCACCUGGACAAGUGCAUCAUCGCGGGCCUGGGGCUGCUCACAGUGGGCGGCAUGCUCUUGUCAGUGCUGCUCAUGAUCUCCCUGUGCAAGGGUGAGCUGUACCGCAGGAGGACCUUCGUCCCUGGCAGAGGCCCCAGGAAGACCUAUGGCUCCAUUAACCUUCGCAUGAGACAGCUAAAUGGGGAUAGGGGCCAAGCACUGGUGGAGAACGAACUUAUCCAAGUCUCGGAGGCCAGCCAUACCCUCCAGGGGUCUUAAAUAAAAGCCCACUCUAUCUGGAUGCAUUAGCUCCAGAGCUCUGAGGGCCCCAGAAAGGCCUGGGGUUCCAAACAGCUCCGCACAGGGCCCAGUAGAAGGAGUCUAGGGUGCUGGAGGGGGAGCCUGGGGCCUGGCCCAGGCCCCACUCAGGCAAGCGCCUGCUGAUCUGUUUUGUAGCUUGAGGUUUUGCAUAAGAUUUUGUUUGGAAGAUGGCUUCUGCUGCUAAAAAUACAAAGUUUGGAAACUGCUGCUCUUAGAAGAGGUUUCUUGGCAUUUUUGAGGGUUGGGAGCUGUUUGAAAGAUUGUCUAUCCUGUUCCUCCUGCCAUAGGGAAUUCCAGGACCUCUGUAUCCUCACUGGCUAAGUGAUGGUAUUAGGUGACUUGAGGGGCACCCUUCAGCCCUGACCGUCUGGGAAGUAGCUUCAUAGUAAGGGAGAGGGCAGCACUGGGGUGACCUCCUGUGGCACCCCACUGACUGAACUGCAACCCUCCCCUCUUCAAGCCUUAGUUGCUCUUCUCUGUCAAGCAAGAGGGUUGGACUGAUGAUCGCUCACGCUGGUUCUGCCCUAGGAAUAGGAACCCAGUCUCCACCUGUGGCUACCCCUUCAAAAGAAGAGGUAUCUUCUAGGCACUGGUCAUUCUUCAUGCCAUUUUCUGGCCCCACCUUGGUGACCACCACUGUGAGGAAGCCAGCUACUCUCACAGUCCUGCUAAAAAGCCUAAGAGGCUGGAUGGGUUCUAUUCAGUUUGCCACAGGCUGGUUUUGGUUUUGAGGUCUAGUUUCUGGGAGUGACUAUUUUUCUGCAGUGGCAUAUUUUACGGAGCUAGGUGCACAGUUUUCACCCAUCCUCUGGGCAUGAAAGAUCUUUUAUACAAGAAAGUAUGAGCACUUUGUUGUAUUUGAGGACUUUGUUGUAUUUUUGUGGGUGUGACACAGGCCUUUAUCAUCUUCCCUUCUCAGUAGUAUUUCUUGGGCCUGACCUCAUUCUGCUAGUAGAAAAAAAAAACUUAAAACACUGAAUUUGUAGCUUCCUGCUUCCUCUCUUAGUAGUAAAGUACAGCCACAAUUUAUUUGGAGAGAAAUCAGGUAUAUUGAGGUGGCCUGGACACUCUGGCCAUGUUGAUUAUCAUUUGUUCUCUUUCUCUUGUGGAAUGUUUCCAGGCUCCUUCCAAACUCUCUUUCAGCUUCUGACAAGGGAGGUUCUUGGUGGCAAGGACAUGUAGGCAGGCAUUUGGGGACUGGGAGGAGGCACUGUCCAGUCCAGGCAUCCCUAGAGGGCUUGGAAUGCCUUCUGGGCCACUGGUAUAAAGGCUCUGAAGGGCCCAUUUCACUGAGACUUUGCUUCUAAGCAGGUCCCACGUACAUCCUCGAGGCUGUCCACGUGGGAAUGGAUCCUAACUAUCUCCAGGGUGGGAGGCUGGGGUGGACAUGGGGUCUAUAGGCUGUCAUUACCAGUAACAUGAGCCUUCGAUCCACUGAGCUGAACAUCUGGGCUCACAGCUUCUGAGACAGAUCAAAUAUCUGCUCCUGCUGGUAGUUUUUGUUGGGAGCAGAGUUGGGGGAGGGCUGAAAGGACUGAGAUUGUUUAGCUUGGCCUCCUGGGUUCUGUCAUGGUGUGGAAAGGGUAUGGUUAGAAAAGAACAAAGCCCAAGAAGAUGAAUGAUGCACAGGUCCUGGGUUUCUAGAUGGGUAGAUGUGUGCAGUUAUUGCAGGCUCCAAGCAAAGACAGCAGCAGAGAUGGCAUGACCCCUUCUAGUUGAACUCCAGGGGAACUGAGCAUCCCAAAUGAUGGGCUAAGGCUUUUUAAGUCCAUAAUGAUGAUAAUAAAGAUAUCAAUCCGAGCCAUUUGGAUUACUGUGACGGUGGGAAACUUAUUUGGAUACUAAAUCUGUGGAGAGAGUGCAUCUGGGACCAUCAAUUCUUACCAGUUUAAAUGCAAUGAAUUGUAUUUAGGGGAUAAGUUUGUUAGGAGAUUAAAUCCCAGGAAUCUCAGGUUUUCUCCAAGCCAGAAAGUCCUGCUUUGCAUUCUAAUGUAGAAACUCCUUUAGAAAAUGUGUGUAAUGGAUCAAGGCAGUCAUUACCUUGUCAGUGAAUUAACAAAACUUGAGAGAUUCCAAAAACAUUUCCCCAAGUGUGCAGCUGAGAUCUCCCAGCUGGUGGAUAAGAAACAGCUUUAUGAAGGAGUCUGGCAAAAGCAAGGAGCACUGAGAACUUUCUUUGUAUUUACAGUUCUUUGGGGUUAGGUAUGGAACUGUCCUGGGGGCUCCUGUGGCUACCAGAACAUGCCUCACACCCACGAGCUGCUACUAGGGCCCCAAACCCAGGCUUUUCCCCAUGUAUCUGAGCAGAUACUGAUUUCACAGUUGGGAAGACCUGGGUUUGAAUCAGGCUCUGCCAUUUACUGGCUCUGUGACCUGGGGCAAGUUACUCUGCCUCUUUGAGAUUGGGAUUCAGGAAGAUGGUAUUCUCCUUCCCAUCUCAGUUGGGCUAACUUGAUUAGGCCUGAAUCUCAGGGUGAGCCCUUCUGCCUCUUCUCACAGCUCACAUCCGACCCAUUCACAGAUCUUGUCACUUGUGUUUUCAGAAUCUGAUCACUGUUCACUCCUUGCCUGCCACUGCCUGGCUAGUCUCUCACUGGUGUCCUGACUUGCUUCCUGCCCAGCUCCUGUCCCCAGUUAACCAGAGUCCUCUGCUCUCCAAGCCUGUUGAGAGGACAGCUCAUGUUGCUCAUCUGCUCAAAACUCUUGAGUGUCCUUCUCACUCCAAGGAAAAGCUACAUUCUCACUGCAGCCAGAGGUGGAUUUACAGCAAGACAAGUGUCACACAUAUGUCUGGAUCCCUCAAGCUCCUUUUGUGGUACUAAGUAGUCUGGUAUUUGCAAUCCUACUUCAUUUUUAAGGAUUUCCCCUCAUAUUUCUUAAGCUUUAGGUUUUCCCCAAAUCUGGGUCCACCCCUCACAGUGGCCUACAAUGCCCUGCACUGUCUGACUCCUGAGCUUCUCUGACUUCAUUUCCCACCUCUGGUCUCUCACUCACUCUGCACCAGCCACACUCACACUCUGCCAUUCCUCAGCCUUGCCUGGCACACUCCAGCCUCAAAGCCUUUGCACAAGCGAUUUCCUUCAUGCGGAAGGCUGGUCCCCUUACUGUCUUUAAGGCCCACUCCCUCACCACCUCGGGGCCUUAUUCAAACAUAAUCUCACUGAAGCCUUUGCUGACCACUCUCUUUAAAGCCACACCCUCAACCUCACUCCCUCUUCUCCUUACCUGCUAAUCACCACCAGCAAGCUGUGCCCUUUACUUACUUAUUGUGUGUCUUUCCCACUGCCUCCCCCAUUGGAUUGCAAGCUCCAUUGGGGCUAACCAUUUGGUCUCACUGGUUCAAGCUGCUCUCCUAGUUCAAGAAACAGUGGUUGACGCACACAGUAGGUAUUUGUUUGUUUGUUUGUUUUUAUGAGUGAAUGAAUGUCACAAGUUUCUUAUGGCUUCCAGGGUAGCUGGGCCUUAUUCGGGGUCCUAGAGCCUCACAGACCCUGCUUGGAGACUGAGUUGUCCUCCUAGAACCCUGGCUUGGGGUGGGAAUCAGUGAUAUGGAAGAUCAUAUACCAGGAGGUGUUGAGGGGCUUAUUUUGUUCUUGGACCCUGUUGCUGCAGCCCAUUUGCCCUCUUCUCCCUGGGGCUUGGUACAUCUUUAUGUGGAGGAGUUGUCAGGACGCAGCCAGGUGCCAGCUAGACCUGUGAGACAGUUGCUCGGUGCUUAGAAGCCUGAUUCUCCCCUAUCUGAGGGCUUGAAGCACCCAAGCCUGGACCUUUGGAACCCCAGUACCUAUUGUCACCUCUGCUCGAUUUUUCAGCAGGUAUCCUGUGAGUCUCCCUGCUGACAGUGUCUGCUGCCUGAGACCUUCCCAGUAUCGCUCCCUCUUGGGAAUAAGCAUUGCUUUUCCUGAGAUUUUUCUCCCAGAAUGUCCUCCUCCCUGCACAUAGACACUUGGUCACGCCUGCACACAUGCAUAAGGACACACUGUGAUGCAUAUCCUCACAUGCACACACCCUCUCCACACACAUAUAGCUCUCUCCUAUCUGACCUUGCUCAGAAGCCAAGGACACAUACCCUGAAGAAGUGGCGCCAAGCCAGGGAAUCCUCUGGAUGAGUGAUGAUGUUUUCUUUUUCUCCUCAGCCAUGGGCCAUGCAGUUCCCAGCAUGGUGACCUCACAGCAGCAGCCUCUUGUCCCCUCCCCAAGCCAGGCAACUGUCUGUCCUUUCCACUCCCUCCUUUAGGGGCAGGAAGAGGGAUGUCCAGGAGGGUUUCCACUCUAGCAUUUCAGGAAGGGACAGUAGUCCUGGGCUGGAAACCAGGCAAGCCAGGUCCUGGUGGUCACUCAUUUCUUGUGGGCCUUUGGGUAAAUGGAUCUACCUCUCUGGUCUUCCAGAGGAAAACUGGAAACCUUCCUGCUUUCAAAAUUGACUUGCCAAAAUUGACACCAUGGUGUCUUCUGUCAGGACAGGAGGAGGAAGAAGGGGGCAUUAGGAAGAAUCCACAGGUGGGGUUCUGUCAGGAGGAAAGUAGGGUGUCAGGAGCACUGCAAAGGCAGGGAGAUGCCCUCAUGCUGGACCUGUUUGUUUCUUCUUGAGAGCAGACACCCUCUAUUGCCCCCCAGGAGGUAGAUUCAGCCAGAGGAAAGAGAUGUUGAGAUCUUGCCUGCUUUGGAGUGGUAAGGAGCACCUUGUCAGGGGAGACAUGUUAGCAUUUAUUGGUCAGGUGUUGGGUACCUUUAGUGAUAGACUAUAGUGGAGUUGGAUUAGAUCUGGAUUUAGCCAAGAGGGUCCCAAAUUUCCAAACCUCUUCUUUGAGGAGCCAAUGCCCCAGUGGCCAGAGCCUAGAGAGACAGUAACAACUCUGGCCCUGUUGUAUCUUCUUGUCUUUGUCCCAAACAUCCUUUUCCCCAGAUUCUUCCUCUUCUUGGACUGAGUUGUCCACAAACAGAUGGCCAGCACCAGGUCACCCCAUGGUCCAGAGGGUACCAGGAUUGCCUCCCUCCACCUCCCAGGGGGCCAAAAACUUCUGUGCUUUACCCCUACUUGAACCUCAGAGGGAUGGUAGGCAGAGGCCCAUGGAGAAGUCCAUUGCAAUUGUCCAUCAGAUGAGUGUGAGCCACUGCCUUGAGGGAUGUACUGCAUGUGUGCUUGAUGGUGCUUCAUGCCUCUUAGCCCAUUUCCUCAUCUAUAAAUGCACUGCUAAUAACAGGCUGGAGAUGAGGCCUGUUAAGCUCUUAGCAUAGGGCCUGGCACUUCCUAAUUACAUGGUAAAUGUUGGCUCAUUCAUUCACACCUGCUCUAGAUUCUCUGGCCCAGGCACUGUGGGCACACAGCUCCUGCCCUUUUGGUGUCCAGGCUAUCUGGGGAAGUGGGGCAGUAUGAAUGCUCCUGGAAAGGAUGAUGCCCAGGGGUUGUAUGUCUUUGCGAUUAUGGAGAGAAAACACCUGAUGGAGCUGGUGUCAGAAAGGCAUUCCUGGAAGGUAUGUCUAAGAGGACUCCGAAACACUUAGGCAAAAUCUGGGGUGGGGUGAGAGUAGGGAGAAAGAACAGUGUUUGGGCAAAGAGGAACAGCAUGAGCAGAAGUCAGAGGCCUUGGCAGCUAGGUGUGUCCUGUGCUGGGGCAGGCGGAAGGGAGGUGUGCAGGAGUGUGAGAGGGGCAUGCAGCAGUGCAGAGGCUGUAGUGAGCACUUGUGUUUCAUUGUCUGCAGGAGGGGGACAGCCACAAUGUGUAAGUCAUAGGGUAACUGUGAAGACAGCUACUGUGCAUGGCACAUGGGGUGAGGUUUCUGUUCACCCUGUGAUCGCUUGCAGCUGUGUGGGGCAGGAAGAGUCUUUGGAUGUCUAAGGCAUUGUACAGAUGACACUGACACUGUGUGCUCAAGCAUCCCCUGCCCUCUUCUCAGGACUCCUGAUGCAGGCAAGAAGACAUGACCUUGGGCUCCAGAGCUCCAUCUCUAUGGCUUAUUCCCACUUGGCCUAUAAAACACCAAGGUCAAGGUGGUGUCUGCCGGUCUCUUGGGCUUAUGAGGUUAGUGAGGGAAAGGAAACUCAUCAACCUGCUUUCCUGGUAGGAAAGCUGGCCCCAGGGGAGCAAGGAGGCUAGGGAAGAAGGUGGCUGCCAUGCCAACCUCUUCCCAGGUAGCCCAGUGUGAGCAAGUCCUGACUUAGGGCCAAUGACAUUCAGAAAACACCAUCUCUCCCUCCCCAUCUUUUCUUCUUCUAAACUCUUCCUUUCCUCUUCUUUUUUAUUCCCCUGUGUCCAUAUCUCCUUUCCUUGAAGCUACUCAUGGGGGCUAGGCACCUGGAGGUAAGUUCUUCUAGGAGUCCUCAUGCUCCCCCAUCAGAGAUGAAAGCAGAGGCCCAAGUGCAAAUGCCUGCAGGGCUCAGCAGGUGAUGACAGUGAACACAGUGGUGGCUGUGGAAGGCAGUGGUAGGAUUAAAGGGGGUGCCUGCUUCGGCUCUGGCUGGCUGUUGCCCUGUGGUUAUAGGCUCUGGUUUUUCACAAACAGCCAAACAGUUGGACUUGGUGUGGGGACAGAGAUCCUGCAAGGGAUUAUCCCCUGCCUGGGGUCAAAGGAGGGCCCAGCCAGCUGCUGGAUCAGACAUCUGCAUCCCUCCUCCAGAGCUUACUCAAUCACUUGUAUACAUGAGGACACCCCAGAUUGACCUCUUGCCUCCUGGCUAGAGAACUGCUGAGCUGUGAGAUCACUUGAGAGUUGCUCAUCCAAGUAUCCUUCAUUCAUUCCUUCAAUGAAGAUUCAAGCAGCUACUCAGUGCCAGGGUUCAGAAAUUCAGCACCGAAUAGGUAAAAAUACAAGAAUAUUCCUGAGAGGAUUGACUGUAUCUUCUGAAGCUCAGAGGUGUCUGUGAACAGGGAAUCAAGGUCCCUUUCUGACCUGGAGAAUUCCUGGGGUGGGAGGCCCAUGGAGACCACUUAUGCCAGCUUGAAAGGGUGGUGGUGUUGGGGUGGAGGGAUGAGGAAGUCCUGUGCUCCCUCCCAGUGUCUGAGGUCUGAAAAGGUAGGUGGAGGACCCUGGUGUUUUAGGGGCUCCAGCUGCUGAUGUAGGAAGGAGAGAGGAGGCUCUGGAGUGGCACAGGUGACUUCGCAGCCCAGCAAAAACUCUGAGCCUCUAGUGGACUGGACAGAAACUCCCACGGUCUCUGAUGGUCCAGGAUGAAGCUCUCACCAAUUAUGUGUAGAGCCCAAUACAGACUCAGCAUCAAAACAAAAAACCAACAAAUCCCCAAAACCUAGUAUGAGUAAGAGUAAGCCAACCUCUUCUCAUCCGCAUCAUCAUGAGAGGGCAGCAAAGACACUUGGCUUUUCUCCUUCCUCCUGCCCAUCCACACCCUGCAAGAGUAAGGGCCCAGAAGAGGGCAGGGUAGACUGCUUGGGACUGGGUAUGAAUUGGAAAGUUUCAACUGACUGAAAUCAAGUUUGAAAUCAAACUGACAAGCUUGUUACUGGCUGGGCCUUAGUCGUUGAGAUGAGAAAGGAGGAUUUGACAGGUCAGUUAGAUAAAAACAUUUCAUGUUUCUACAUUGCAACGAACUACGUAAACCUUAGAUCAUUCAUUUUUAAAAACAAUAUACAGUGUUCUCUGGGUAUUAGGCCCUCUUCUAUGUCUUUACAUCUACUAGUUCAUUUAAAACUCAAGCCUGGGCUGGGGACAUGGCUCAGUGGCACCGCGCCUGCCUUGCAAGUGCAAGGUCCCAAGUUCGAUCCCCAGUACCAAAAAAAAAAAAAAAAAAAGAAUAAAACUCAAGCCUACAAAGAAGUUCCUAUCAUUACCUGUUUUACAGAUGAGGAAGCUUUGGCAUGGGCAGGUUAAGUGACUUGUCAAAUGUCACACAGCUGGUGAACAGCAGAGUCAAGACUCAAAUUUAAUAAUAUGCCAUCAUAUGUGUUAGCAAGUUUAGUAACAUGCAGGCUGGUUGGAGCAUAAUGGGCCACUUUGAGGCCCAUGACUUGCCUAUGAAUUGGUAACCCUGUGGAGAACUCAACAGUGGACUCUCCACUCCACUCUGUGCAGACUGAAGCAGUCCAUGGUCAAUUUAUUCAUGGAAUCUCAUAGAUGGGCAGGAUCUCAGUCAGGUCCACCCUUGCCUUUACUUUAUAGAUAGGAGAGCUAAAGACUUGCCAUGGUUAAUGUGGUUCAGGCCUCUUGCCCAUUGCUCUCAAUGGAUUCUCACUUGAAUUUACAUUCUGGGAACCAAGCAGCUUGAAGGAUGAGACUGCUGCUGUGAAUCUGAAGGGAGGGGAGAGAGUAGGGCUUUGUAUUGCAAGCGGGGGUUCUUCUUGUCCGACGUGUGGGCCAUCCUGGAUUGGAACCAGCAGUCUGGGUAAACCCUCUUCUGUGAGGUGUCACAGAUGGGCGCUGACCAGGGUGCUGAACCGAUAUGCUGCUUUCCUAAUGGCCUCACUGAGGGAACAAAGAACUGGAAGGGAAGGGAAUCCUCAUAUUUUUGUCACUCAGAGCCUCCAUGACCGUUUUGCUCACCGUUCACUGGGAAAGCCUUGGGACUUAGAGCCAGGAUUUAUGUCGUCUAUGUUGCCCUGGGAAACUCACUCUCAUUCAUCUGCUUGGGCUUGCGUUUUCACUUGUUCAGUGGGAAAAAGUAGAUUUCAUCCUGUUUACUCAGAAAGCCAAAGUGAGCAGCACAGGGCCCAGGUGACAGAGCCCUGCACCCCAACCAUGCAGCCCAAACUAGCCUCUUAGAAGCUCAAUCUCAUAGAGGGUUUCCAGGAUGUUUCCUUCCCUGCAAAAUGAAGGUCUGCUGGUGGUUUCAAAUGCUCAUUACCUGGGGGCUGCCAGCAGAAGUGUUCCAGAAUCUGGGAAACACUGUGAAUAGGAUCAACUUCGGAGUCUAAGACCAUCUUGGGGAUUACUCAGCACCUUUCCUUUCUCACACAAGUCCUGACUCAUUUUCAGCUUCUGGCAUAGGUUUUGCCCAGCAACCCAUGAUCUUCACUGGACCAGGGUGUGAGGCCUGGGCACAGCAGUUCUACUAAAAAGAGCAUUGACUUUGGAAUGAAGACGCUGACCCAGUUCUAACACUCUUCAGGGGUAUGUUCAGCACCUUGAGUAAGGCUGCCAGCAGUGUUUAUCUUUAGUUUGUGAGGUCUAUAUGAGAUAAGAAGCAUACUGUGGGCACCAGGUAAAUGCUUAUUUCCUGCUCUGAGGUUGGCCCAAGUCUCUCCUUGAGCCCCAUCCUUACCUCAGUAAUAUGAAGUCAGUAAUAAUAGCAGCUGGCACCCACUGAGCCCUCCACUACCUGCUAUUUUUUUUUAAAUCUUUUUUCCCCCACUACCUGCUAUUAAGUCACAUUGUUUGGUGGGAGCCUGCACCAAUCCUGUAGACAGGGGUGAUGGUCAUUUUACAGGUGAAGGCCACAUACUGACAAAUGAGUGCUCACAGUCAACCCAUGCCUACCUGACUGAGCAAAUUAUCAGAUCUUUUCAAACUCUUUCUGGUCUAGAAAAUAGAGGUAAUAUCUCAUUAUUGUUAUGAUUUGAAGAGACAAUGUAUGAUAUUUAAAGACACACACAAGACACAUGUGAGUGAUCUCCAGGGGUAAGGGAAUGGAGUGGAUACUGGGGGUUCAGUCAGGGCAAUCUUAAAAUGAGAAGGUUCUUGCAUGCACUAAUCAUAUGUACCAUCAACCAAGGAGACUGAUUGGCUCAAUUAUUUGCCUCUGAUAUCCAGGUGAAGGAAAAGGACAGUUUCUCAAACUUUAACAUAUAGAUUAAUCUCACGGAGAAUUUGUUGAAGUGUAGAUUCUCAUUCAAUAAACUGGGGAUGGGCCUGAGAUUCUGCAUUUCUAACAAGAUCCCAGGUGGUGGGACCACUCAUGAUCUCAGUCAUAAGCAUGCAGUCUUCCCUUCUAAAUUCACAAACUUGUGUGAGCCUAUGAAUCACAAGAGGAACUCAUAAAAAAAUGGAUUUGAAGGCUGUUUGUGGAUAUAGAUUGGGGCCCAAGAUGUGCUAAUGUGCACUUAGAGCAAGCAUCUGAGGAGAGGCUUGGGCAAGUAGGGGUGUGGUACCCAUCUAUAUAGUGGGCCAUGAUGCAGAAACAGGAGACUGGUUUACCAGACCACUGUCUCAAUAUACCUUCCUGAAGGCAAGGGUGGGAAAAAGAGAACAAAGACAUUUUCCCAGGAUCUUAGGGUUUGAGAGAUGAUGCAGACAAUCAAUUGCAUUUAACUGAGCCUUGGACUUAGACCUGAGCUGAAGGAGGUCGAAGUGACAAAAUGAAGGGCAUCCACUUUCUAGUUAGUGCACAUGUAGGUAGUUGCUCUGUGACUCGGAGUUCCUACUCCUCAGAUAAUGACAUGAUUGCACUAUUCUCUGGACCCUAAUCUUUUUUGGCUAAAAUAUUUACUACAGUUGAACCCCAGAACUAAUACUUCAGCAGGAGCCUCCCACUCCCUCAUUCCUCUGACCCCGUCAUACUGCGACUCACAGCACAUACAGUAUGUGCUCAUCUUGAACAUAGCCGCCACCUGGCCACCUAGUGUCAUUAUACUGAGCUGCCAGCCUCAUGAACCUCUAUGCCAGGCCUGACUUUUUACUUUGCACACCCAUCAGCACUGCCACCAGUGGAGAGUAUUCAAGACUUCCUGGAACUGGUGUUUUUUGCAUCGUAGGCUCUGCCCUCACUACCCCUCACCACCAACCAAACCACCUUUGCCUUUUGAUCCACCUUCAGGGACAGAUUCAGGGCAAAGCAUAGCUGGAGUGAAUUGUGUCAAAGAAGGAUGGCGCUGAGAUCCCUGCUUGUGAACCUCUCCUUUGAAACAAAAAGUCAACAGUGGCCCCCAAGCACGGAAGGUUUAGGGCACAGAAAGUUGGGGAUAUGCAUGUGGGAAAUUCUUUGAUGAUGGGACCUGCCUAUAUUGGAACUGCACCAAAGUGGACAAGAUUAGGUAGCAGAGAAUAUGAACUGCACCACAGAUUCUACUUUUCCUCCUGUGAAGAGAGACAUGGAUCAGUAACAAAAUGUCAUUAAUGACAGGUCACAAGAAAAGCUGGGUUCCAAAGAGUGACGCUGCGUGGGAUUUGCUACCCAAUUUUCAGCCAUGUGCCCACAGGGGCUGGACAUCCAGCACAGAAACACAGCCUUCAUUUUGAGCAACAUACAUUCUUUGAGUCAAGGUCUUAAGAGACUCAUGACUUACAAUGGCGGCUCAGAGAAGUUCAAGACUGUGUAGAUAAACACAAUGAGAAACACAGCCAGCUUUAAGGAUUUGGAAGGAGAAGCUACGAGGGAUGUAGGCCAGUGCAUCCCAGGAAUAGUAUGAGUGGUCUAUGACAAUUCAGCACCAAAAGGCAAGGAUUUACAAUUAGACCUUUAUUGUACUUGUAAGUCACUCAAUAAACAAAUGAAAUUUCAAACUGAGCAAGUGAGUCUCACUAGAUCUGAAAAGGUCACACAGGAACUUCCCUAGAGAAAGGAUCUGUCCUGUAUCACAUCAAGCCCACAUCCCUAAGUCAAACCCUUCUUCUGUAACUUGCUGGCCAUGGCUACCAUCAAAGCCAUGAUCUGCUCCCCCAGGGUGAGUGGCUCUGGUUAUGCCUUACUUGGCUUAGGUCAAAAGAUUUUUUUAAAUGGA